AUCAAUGGAGGAGGCAGAGAAAGGCAAAGGAAACCAGAGAUGGAGUGCUGCCAUCGCUAAUCUCUCCGACCUAUCAAACAAUCUCACUUCCAUCGAGAAGCUACUCAUCAAGAAAGCCGUCUACGUCGAUGCCAAUACUUUCAACAAAGCCUCUUUAAUCUCAGAACAAGCUCGUUCCAUCAAGGUUCUUGAGCAAAGGGUGGAGAGAUUAGAACGAGAGCUAGAUGCUGCCAUUUCGGCUGCAGCUCAUGCACGUAUAGAGAAACGAGAGGCUGAGGCAGGACAAAAGGCUGCUGAAUUACGAGCAGAAGAGAUGACAAAGGAGCUCGAAAACACCACAAAGGUAUUUGAAGUGCACAUGGAAGAAUUACGAGCAAAACAAGGUGAGAUUUCAAAGCGCGACAAAGAGAUCACACUUCUGAAAACCGUCAUUCAGACACUGGGAGGAAACGAGUUUGGAUCACCCUAGCUAGCAGUAUGUAUAUAUGUAACACUUGCAUAGUUUUGUAACCUAUCAAUAACUCUGAUUCCAGUAGAAUCACAGUUUUGAUAUCCA